UUUUGUUAUGAUCAUUAUAGCCAAAAUAAAUAUUUUAACCGUUUUUUUAGCUACAUCAUUUUGCAAAUUGUACAUAGACUCCUAAACAUUUUUUUUAAAAGAUGAGAGAGAUAGAAAAAAAAAGGACUCAUAUGAUAGGAAAGAGAUUAUCAUCUAAAAAAAGCGAUUCAACUAAUGUAAAACUUUCAUUUAGGUACCAACCAAAAAAAAAAAUACUUUCGUUUAGAUCAUUUUAGAAUAGCAAUGCAAGUACUCCCUCCAUCUCCGAAAGGAGAACUCUUAUGGCCUAAAUCUAGUCCCAAAAUAAUCAUCACAUUUGCAUUAAAAUACUCUCCUAUUUGCAAUAAUAUUUGUUCUUCCCCGUGUUAAUUUUGCUUUUGCAUGUACUUUUAUUAUUUUUUCUUUUUUUCUUUUUUGCAAACUCUAUGUGAAAUUCAAUUUCUAAUAUACUUUUGUCAUUAUCCUUUUCACUUUCUUAAUAUCCGCAAAAUCAACCUAGAAGUGUUGCUCUUUCGGUAACGGAGGGAGUAUAAAGAAAGGAAGAAAUAUUUGAAAGUCAACGAAAUAAUUUUGACAAAUAAAAAAAAAAGAUAAUAUUAUUAAAAAAUGACGUGGCAAAAGCCGAUUAGUUGUAGGCAGUAGAAUAUAGCAGAAGCAGCGGGUAAGGAAAAUCCGUGAGAGAGAUAAAUGCCUAACGGCAAUCCCGCGGUACGUCAGUUACUCCUCCUCCUCUUUACACUCUCUCUCUCUUUACUCUCCUUCCUUAUUUUCUCUCUCCUCCCCUGUUUCCACACCUUCCCAAUUUCUCAUUUUUUUUUCUUAUUCAAAAUUUAUCAUAUGAUAAAAUUUCAUGACAUAAAAUGAAAUGGAAUAUGCAUUAAACCUAUUAUGUGAUCAUAUCCUUUACAAUAUUAUCAUAAGGUUUGUCCUGCAAAAAUGGGGAAAAAAGGAGGAUGGUUCUCUUCUGUGAAGAAGGUCUUCAAGUCUAAAGACUCCUCGGAAAAAAAUAAGGAAAAAGGUGCCCAAAAGUGGACCAAUAAUGAUGCACUAGAAGUUGUGUCCGUGGAGCAUUUCCCAACUGAAAGUUCCCCUGAUUACACCAAUGAUGAAAGUGGUGGAACAUCUCCAACAAGGGAUGAUCGCACCCAUGCUAUAGCUGUUGCAGCAGCCACAGCAGCAGCAGCCGAGGCAGCCGUCGCAGCAGCUCAAGCAGCUGCUAAGGUUGUCCGGUUAGCAGGCUAUGGCCGUCAAUCUAAAGAAGAAACGGCUGCCACUUUAAUUCAAUCACAUUAUCGAGGAUACUUGGCUCGAAGGGCUUUGCGUGCAUUAAAAGGGUUGGUGAGAUUACAAGCAUUAGUGAGGGGACAUAAUGUACGAAAACAGGCUCAAAUGACAAUGAGGUGCAUGCAAGCUCUAGUACGAGUCCAGGCUCGGGUUCGAGCCCGGAGGCUUCACUUCACCCAAAACCAUCAUCGCGCUAAUCAUGGUGCUAAUUAUGCCCCUAAUGAUAAUUAUGGUAAAAGAGACAAUUAUAACAGGACGAACACGUUGCAAGAUCAAUUAAUCACGUCAAUUAAGAGUCCAACUAAGAUUAAUUAUGGUAGUAAUAGUAAUGCUGAUGAGUGGGAUGGAAGGCAACAUAGUUUUGAGCGUAUCAAGGAGAGUUCUCUGAGGAAACAAGAUGCUGCUUUAAGGAGAGAGCGCGCUCUUGCUUAUGCUUAUGAUUAUCAGCAACAACACCAUCCAAGUUAUCUAAGGCAAUCAGAUAAUCCUCCAAUGAAUGAAACAAUGUUCUCAACUUAUGCCAAUUCUAUGGACAAACCGCCGUGGGGAUGGAAUUGGCUAGAGCGAUGGAUGGCCACCCAACAACAACAACAACAACCAAUUCAAGUCUCAAAUAAAAUGAAAUCGGCACCAAAUGAGAGUACCUACGUAACAGCGGUCACCACUAGCACCGAUGAUGUCUCCGAGAGAACAGUAGAGAUGGACAUGGUUGAUCCACCUUAUCAAAGGUCAGGUAGGGAGUCUAGGCAGUCCAGUUUUGAUGGAGUUCCAAGUUACAUGGCCCCAACCCAAUCAGCCAAAGCCAAGGUUCGAGGCCUAGGCCCAUCUAAACAACGGGCCCAAUCUCCUUCACCUUGGAACCAUCCUUCUCCAUCAGCCAAAAGGUCACCACUUGGGCCCAAUUGUGCGGACUCCUCUAGUUCUGGUGGUGGGUCGGUCCACUAUCAAUAUGCUCACACUCCAAGCCCAAGCCCAAAUAGUAUUGGGGCUCGAGCCCAAGUUCGAAAGAUUGCAGGGUACAGCCCAGAUUCUACUGGUAGUAGUGAUCGAAUGUUUAGUAAUGGUUGGAGAUGAAGAUUUUAUCUUAUGUGAUGUGACCUAUGAUGGACUUUUCUUGAACUUGAUUGCUAUUGUUGUUACAUAAUAAUGUGAACAUUAAUUUUGUACUUAUUUAUCAUAAUUAUAACACAAAUAUCUAUCUAUUGUUUUGGGAUAUUGUGAUUAUCAGCUUGUGAUGUAGAUUUGUAAAUUUUUAAAAGUGAGUAUAUGUUUUAUACUGCA